ACAGUUACAGAAGAGACAGGAAAGCCAUCCAUUGACAGAAGUCAACAGUCUUAUAGACGAUAGAGGGAAGAAUAUGUCCAGUAAUUCUGAUCAAGUUGUCACCACUAAAGGACAGAGGACAACAGAAGUGAAAAAUACCCAGGAAUCUGUGUCAUUGUCUGUCACAAAACUUGAUAAACAAGCCGAAAAUGAGGGGGUGAGAAGUUCCGCUUCCAUUGUGACAACUAAAGAGCCCAGGACUGCAGAUCUGCAAAGGAACCAGGGUGUCCAACCAUCAACAAAGCUUACUAAACCAGUGGCUAAUGAUAACAGUGUAAAGAAUUUUACUUCAGACAGCACUACCAAAAACCAAAUGAAUACUGGAAUACAAAACAACAGUGAAGUUAAAACAUCAGCAGAGCCAAGAAAACCAGUAACAAAAGCGGGCCCAAUAAAUUUUGCUAAAGCUGUUACAACCAAAAUGCAAAACACCAAAGAAGAAGAAGUUGAGAACAUCUGGGAAUCUGUUCCAAAACCAAAAAGCAGUUUUCCGUCAGGUGAUAAACCAAAAUUAUACGCAGAGGAGGAAGCCCCAGAGAGAUCUGUUCUAACCACGAACUACGCCAACCUCAUACCUCCACCCAGAGUCCACGUCUCCACUCAGAAGACAGAGAAGGAAUCCUGGGACGACGAUGGCCAGUAUCUGUUCGUGUCCUCCAAACUACCCACUACUGCUAGAGAGUGCUACCGGUGGCAAAUUUGUGCCAAACUUGUGAUGUCUGCAAACGAAAACAGGAACAAUUCUGCCCAUCCCAGUGAUUUGGAGCAAAGAAAUAGACCUGAUAUGCUUAGGUAUGUGCCUGGAAGUGGAUCUUUAAAACCUAGUGGCAAGAAAGAUGUAAAUGGAAAUAUUAAGGAAGAAAAAGACCAACCAGCUUUGGCAGAAAGUACCCAGUUAGAGAAGGAAGAAAGUACACAGAAGGCUAGGAGCCCUUGGUCCAAUAAGGCCAUUGAUCAUCAAUCUGGUGAUCCAAGACCUAACGCUGAGUGGUCAGAAAGCAAGCAAAUCCCACUGAAAGCAGUCAAGUCUACCUCUAGUGACAGAAUUCCUGCUCCUCUACAAAACCCAAUUCUUGGGAAAGCUUACCUAAGCCAGAAUUUGAAAGGGCCAAUUUUAUCACAAAUUAGCGCCAAAGCCAUGGCACCCUUACAGAAUAAUCUUCAGGGUUUCAAUCCCCAGGGUAAUUCUCAGAAGGUUGAGGAGUCAACAGUUCAGAGAGCUGGAGCAAUUACUGCUCCUCUGACAGCUGGAGGUGCCUGCUCUCUUUCUCAUGUAAAAGGUAAAGAAGAACAAGGUUCUGCUGUUCCUUCUGCCCUAACAGUUAUUAAUAAAAAUACCAAUGAUUAUUGGAAUGUUUCCAAUAUUACAAGGAAAUCUGUGCAAGUCAAGAAAGAAAUAGAGGUUAAGAAGUCACCUGACUCAUUGUUAUCACAUGAUACACAAGACAAGUCUUCCGUCCAAUCAAGAGAGACCACAAAGCCUCUGAAACAGUCAGAAGAGAAGACUGAAUCCCUAAUAGCUUCAUUGCAACGGAAGUCAUAUCAGAUGACCACUUCUAGCAGCGGUUCCUCUGGUGCUCUACAUGACUACUGGGCUAUUCCGACAAAACAACCAAUCAAAACUGAGAAACCUAACAGUCCUCCUGAAUUUUUUAUAUCACCAGAAAAGGUUGUAAGUGAACAGACCAGUGCAGCUGUUGGUGCUGCAUCAGACUCCACAGUGCCAUCACUUUUGCCAUUUGUCCAAAACAAAGAAAAGCAGACGUCGGCAAUGUCAGACAAAAUUGUGCCGAAACAAGAGAGCUGGGAAGAUGUAAUAUCUGCACCUAUUAUCAGCAAAGAAGCAAAGAACACCAACCAACCAAAAACUGAAAAGAGCAAAGUGCAAACUGUUCAAGAUGGAGCUGAAAGUGAUGAAAAAGUAUUGCAACCACCUCCAAAGAAAAUGUCUAACAUGUUUAAAAAGAUGGCAAAGUUUGGCAUCAUUCCAAACCCUAUUAAAAAGGAAAAGACCAGUGAAAGUUCUCCCACUUCUCUGCUGACAUCUGAAGCAGAAGGGAGUCCUAAACCCUCCAAAACUUUCGCAGAAACAGUCAAGACAGAAGACAAAGAUGUGGAGAGCCUGUCACAAGCAAAGAAAACUGAGGUUGAAGAGCUGGAAAGUUUAGGACUCAACUUUGAUAAAAUGUCUUUGGGAGAUAAUACUGUAAGUUCUCCAACACAAGAAAUGUCACAGUCACUGAAAGACAAUAGAGCCGUUUCCUCUGAUUCUAGGUCUUCUUCAAUAAAUAGACAAGACAGUGCAGUCCUAAAAAGUUGGAAAUCACAGGACACCAGCUUAGCUCAGACAAGCCACUCCAAAGAUAAGGAGGAUUGGGGGAGUGAAUUGAUCAUCCUACCCUCAAAGAGUGGUCUUCCAACUCAAACAAAUGCUGAUGCCGAGAACUUCUUCAAGGAAAAGAUGAGGACUGUCAAAAAAGACCGUGUCAAGCAUAGAUUGCCUGUGUUGAAAAGCCUGACAAAACAUGUGGAGGACUCCAAGACUUACCAGACUUCUGCGACGAAACUUCCCGAGAGUCUGGUCACUAAGAAGGGACAGACGCGUACGGUGCAGGCCCUGAUCCAGCACGCCCUGAAAGAAAACUAGGAGGGAAAAAAGGCUGAUUUGCUUUCCUGUAACAUGGAUAGAAACUGAUUUUUCCUCCCAGCAAAGAAGAGUAGAAGAUAAAGUGUUUAAUGCAUGUGAUCUGAUAAUUAUGGAUUUCCCCAUUUCCAAAGGAGAACAUUGGCUUUUUAUACAAUAUAAGUGUUUUUACUGCCAUGGAUUAUUUUGUUUAAAAAAUAUUUACUUUUGCUUUUCAUGAUUUUUUUUCAACAGAUAAAUUGUUACUUUUCUGAUUAAUAAUGUUUAUUAGAUUUUGAUAGAUUGUCCUUUUUCCAAGGUCCUAUACAUGUAACUCUAUGUAGUGUAUUGCAACAGUUUAUUGAGCUUCAAUUGUUUUAAUCUCAAUUAUGGAUUUUUUUUGUUUGUUUGUGCUUUUGAUGAUAUCAAAAGUUCUUGUUCAAAUC